AUUCCCGCCCCAACAGAAAAGUCUCACCGCGCACGCGCGGCUGCCCGUCCUUGCCUGACCUCCCUCUGCCACCCUCAAGCCCCGCCCCAUCCGCCGUGUUAGUUUGAAUAGAGCCUGCCCGCUUAGCAACUGCAGAGGUGGGAGGAGGAGGAGCCCGUUCGAAUUUGUGAAGCGAGACAGUGUUGAUUGGGCCAUUCGAGGGCGAAGGCGAGCCGCGAUUGGCCGGGCACGAGAAUCGACGCGCGGCGAUUGGGCAGCCACGGGGGAAGAGGGCGUGGCAGUUAAAGAGCCUCCCGGGCUGGCGCGGACGCGUGAGGAAGCAGCCGCCAGGCCAGUGAUGCAGCCGCCGGAGUGAAAGUGGCGAGGGGCCCCCGGUGCUGCUCGCCCCAGCUCAACAACGGCGGCUGAACGGAUUCCCGGCGGCGGCGGUAGCUACCUUCUCCCGGGAGGCUGUGGCCGACCGAGUCCCGCUUAUCGUUAACCCGGGCCCCGAGUCUGCGGGGAGCGCGGUGCCGCUGCGGGCGUUCGCGGCUCGCCGGGCGGGCCCCGCCAGGCGGCUGCUUUCACAGGGCACCGGCGACGGAGCUGAGCGGAUAAGGCUGUGCAGCUCUGUGCUAUGGGAGAUGCAAAAGAAACUAAAAUGCAAAUAACACCAAAGACUCCAGGACGGGCCACAGUCUUAAACCCCUUUGAAAGUCCAAGUGAUUACUAUAGUCUUCAGGAGCAGAUUGUUUCCAGUCCUUCUGUUUUUAAAUCAACAAAAUCCUCAUCAACUCCAGGAAAAUUUAGGUGGUCUAUUGAUCAACUUGCCCUAAUAAAUCCUGUGGAAAUUGACUCUGAAGAUAUUCGGCGUCAGGCAAUGUAUUUAAGUCAUGCCAGAAUAGAUAAAGAGAUGGAAGACAAAAGACAGAAAGCCAUUGAAGAGUUUUUCACCAAAAGUCUUAUCGUUCCUUCUCCUUGGACUGAUCAUGAAGGGAAGCAAGUUUCCCAGUUUCAUUCCACUAAAUGUAUAGAUUUAAAUAACAUUUCACCGAUUGGAAGACAGCUAACUGUGCAACCUGGAAAAAGCAAUGCUGCUUGUCAGACAGUAUUGUCUUUGCCUGUGGAUUUUAACUUAGAAAAAAUAUUAGGUGAAUAUUUUAGAACAGGAGAAUUUGCAGACCAAUCUCAGGAAAGCCUAAGCUCCUCAUCACUGAGAAGAAAGCUUUUUUUAGAUGAGAAUGGAAGUGUAUCUGAGUGUUUGUCUCUUUCUCCACAAAGCCCUUGUAAUAAUCCACCAGCAUCACUUGGAGUGCUGUGUUCAAUAGAUAUUUCUCCAGCCCGGUGCAGAAGCCCUGUGGAAACAUCUAGUUCGGGUCAGUUUUCUUCCAGUCCUAUUCAGGGAGGUACGAGGGCAUACAGUCUGGGAAGCAUUACCAGUCCCACAUUUCCAGAGAGGUCCCCUGCAAAUAUCGCUUCCCCUACUUUUUCUCCAAUUGCUUUUCAGAUAAGAAAGACACCGUUGUCAGAACAAAGGAAGUUGACUUUUCGUUCUCCCGAUGUUCCUUCUGCACCAGUCUCAAACAGAAUGACACCCCCAAGUACUAGAAGUCCUUAUAUAGAUGGCUGUUCUCCAAUUAAAAAUUGCUCUCCUAUGAGACUUGGAGCAUGCAGAGGGACUGCACAGUAUCAAACUUCCCUCAUUAGGAUACCAUUUACCCUUGAAAAUCACAACGAAGAGGCAGAAGACAAAGAGAAUGCCCUACCUGCAGAAGUUCUGUUACCACAGAUGGACACUGGAGUAAAUUUACAGCAGCAGGAUGGUGAUACUUUUGCACAUGGUACACAUUUAGUUGUGGCGACUGUAUCCAUUUCACCAGAUCACUCUGAAGCUUGUGAACAAGGACUGGCAUCGUUGCAGGAUAUAGAAGGUUUAAAAGAAAAUAAUACUGUUGAUAUGGUUGAUUCAGUUGAGGUGUCAGAUGAGAACACUUGGGUUAAGGAAUGUGUUGGUACUGGCAGUAUGCCAAUGACCAGCUUCAUGACAGGAAUUACUUUCAGUAUUGAAAGCUCUCACAUGUGCAUAUCGCCUCUUGCAGAAAGCAGUGUAAUUCCUUGUGACAGCAGUAGUAUUCAGGUGGACAGUGGCUAUAAUACACAAACAUGUGGAAGCAGCAUUAUGGAUACAGUUGGGGCCGAGAACUGCAGAGACAAUAAUGUACAUUCUUAUGAGGCUCAGAACAAAUCUCAGCUUUCCAAAACUAAGGAGUUUCCUGUUUUAAACUAUAAAGACAAUCAGCUGUUGAGAGCAAAGUCGCCAGAGAGUCAACCAUGUUUCCAUAAAGUAAAAACAUACAAUACAUUAUUCAGUCAAAAUGCAACUUGCAACUUUUCUACUUGGAAACAUACCAACGAACAUCAGAUUCAGGGAUUUCACAAAAAUGUGAGGACAAACAGUCCCAAGAUCUUGGAUGGAGAGUCUGCCUGUCAUUCUAUGCAAUAACCUGCAGAAAUGCCUCUGUCAAAGUGAUUAGACCAAGGCUGACAAGUAGCCUUUGGCACAUAUGACUUUUUUGCAAACGGAAUCAGUUGUGUUAUAGUUUGGAGGGAACUCUCUCAAUUACAUUUUGAACACUUUUGAAGAUAAAAUGUGAGAAGGAUUUGUAUGGCACUUAAAAAACAAGUCAUCUGAAUUGUUACUUGAAACGGAAAAUAGCUUGUGAAAUUUUGUCAAAUCACAAACCUCUGUAUGUUUGUUAUCCUUACCUCAGCAAUGACCACUCUGGAAAAAAUUUACAUUGAAAUUGACAGGGAGACUUCUAUAUCACUAAUAAAAUAUUAUUAAUUUUCUGUUUCUUCAAACUUAAGUAUUGCAAAAAUAAUCGAAGUUUGUGAUUCGUUUAAAAUGUGUAAUCAACUAAUUAACAUACUUUUCUGAGGUGCUUUUUUGUUUUGUUUUGUUUUUGUUCUUUUACAUUUUUAAACUUUGUCCUUUUUACCUGUCAGUUUAAGGUUCUUGGCAUAAAUAAAGGUUGGUCCCUGCCAUAGUCUCUGUGCCAAGGAGGAUAAGUCACACUUCACUAUUUAAUUGUGAUGAUAAACCCUUGAAAUAGGAGCUAUAACUAUCAACUGCAACUAGGUUUGGCACAGUGUUUCUGUAUUUUGUGUUUUAAGUCCACUUGAAUAAUCCAGGGAUUAAAAAUUUACAGUGCAUGUAUGGCCUAAACUGUAUACUUAGGUCUGAUCUCACAAACCAUCAGGGCUAUAAAAAUAACUUUAUACCAUUAGAAACUGAACAUGCUGCUUUCUAAUUCUGCUCUCUGGAAUGUCAUGAGAUCAGAAAUGGAAAAAAAACAUGUUGUCAUCCUGCUUCCCCUUUUCUGCUUCCUGCUUGUAUUGGCAUAAUUUUAGUAGCCACUAUCUUGUAAAACAGAUAAUUUAAUGCUUUAUGCCAUUUGAAAGCAAGGAUUUCAGACUUCCAGAGGGUAUAAGGAAUGUUUAGGGUAUUAUUUUUUUAUGAUUACCAACAUGUAAUGGAUGCUAAUAUUAUGCUAAUAUAAGGUGGGGGGAAGAAGAGGGAAAGCAAUAUGGUAAUCAGAAUUUUAUGUGAAUGUAAGGUUGGAUCUUGUGACCUGAUUAAGCUAGAAGCACAUUGGUAGACCAAUACAAGUAUUUCUGAGACAAUAUAUUUUUUUCAAAGCAUGUGCCCUGUACCAGUAAUGAAAAUGAUCCCUGUAGUAUCAGUGGAACUUCUGGACUCUUCUGGUUGAAAUGUGAAAUUAAAUGUGGUUUAUCAUUUUAAAAUUAAAUUUAGUUGGAUUCUUCAGAGCUGCAUGUUCAAUGAUCAGAGUUUUCAAAUUAGUCACAAAUAAUAAAGUAAUCACCAAAAAUUGUGUAAAAUAAGCUUUUUCAUAGGUAAGGCAAAAAAUGAAUAGUACAACUGGAUGAAUGUGAAAAUAGUGAAUUGUAUAAAAGUUUUUGUAUUUUGUCUGUCCUCUUUUCUGUCUUCAAACAGACUGUGCCAAGAAGCAACCAACUAUUUAUUUUGACUUAAGAAAAACAAAUAUUUAAUUAUGUUUAGAAAACCUACUGUACUAAUGAACUACAGUGCCCUUUUGACCAUCACAUUUCUCUAGUUUUACUUAAUUCAUCAGUUGGCACAUAUUGCACAAAAUGGUCACUGUUUACAUUUAAAGAAAACAAUUAACAUUGUUUUAACAAGGGUUUUUUAUAUUGAAAAUUAUUGUAUAAUUUUAAGUGAUUUAAUGUAAUAAAGACUGAUUGUUUCUCCCUCACA